AUGGAAUGGGAGACUUCUUAUCCUACAUUUAAAAUAACAUCCGCUUUCAAAACACCUAUACCUGUAUCUGGUACCAACUGUACGAAUCAUCAAAUGAAUAUCUAUUUCGUAUGUGGAACCAAUCAAAUUCAUCGAUUUACAUUGAUUCAGUCAAAUAUAUUACACUUUGAAGAAUUCGGUAUGAUAUGCAGUUUUUGGAGAGAAGAAAAAUCACCGUCAAAGCAUCAGUCAACUACUUGGAUUCAAUUAAAUAAUUUACCUUAUAAUAAACAAACUUUACAUCCAGGUUUGAUUGCAGCUUCACGUUUGGCAUUAUUUUCUAACUAUUUAUCUUCAACUGAUAUUAAAACAGGUUACAGUUUAGUUGUGGCCAAUGCACAGCAUGAAACUUUAUCAAAUAUAAUCGGACCACAAAUGUACUCAUUUGGUCCUGUAGAUCAUUUAAAUCAUAAAUUCAAAAUAUCUGAAGAAGUACUACAACAUGAUUGUCAUUAUCAUGAUAACAUUUUAUUGAAAAGAAAAUUACCGAAUAAGAAAAAUCAUUUUUUUGAUGGUUGGCGAUCAAAUUCUUAUUCUAAAUUAUGGUUUGGUGAAAAUGUUAAAUUUCUUUCAAUUAAAAAUAUAAAUUCUAAAUAUUUUUAUAUUAUAUUUACUGAACAAGAUAUUAAUACACCGUAUGCUGCCUAUGAAAGAUCACUUCCUAAUACUAGAAAUACAAUAACCCGAAUUGGUCGAGUUUGUCAACAUGAUCCAGGAUCAAAAUUAUCAGCAUCAAUUUUACCGAAUGGUGGUGGAGUAUUUACAACUUUUCGAAAAACUCAACUUGUUUGUCGUGCCUAUUCAUCAUCUGAUCAAUAUAUCAAUGGACAGAAAUUAACCAAUGAAAAAGACUACUUAGAAUUCAGUAGAGCUAUUGCUAUUAGUGAAAUUGUUCCAACUGGUAAAUGGGAUCGAUUAUGA